UAAAACCUAGAUUUCGGGGAUAAAUAUUUGCCUGAAAAAAUAUUGACGUUAAAUAACUGCAACUGUCACUGUAUAUGAACUAUGACCUGUCAUAAUGUCCCGAAAUGAUAUCGUUCGCCCUUCGGAAUCCGCCUCCUCUGGUAAGAUGGCCGCCGCGGCCAAGAAAAAUGAUGAUGACGAUUUGCCAGAUUGGUAUUACGCCACAUUCAAAGGUGAAGUGACACAUAGCCCGUCAGUUGUCUCUGUAAAAAGAAUUAAGUCAAUUCGCAAACUCUCAACCCCCAUAAACCUCCCGGUACACAAAUUACAUGAUUUCCAUCGUACCAAGUUCUGUCCAUAAGAUGAGAAUUAAUUUCUUGCCAGAAUCAGACUUGUGAAAAGAUUAAAGUAGAGGAUGCCAUCUUCGACUGUCAGGACUGCACGCAUCAGGUGACCAAAGUCCCUGUGAACCUGGGCGAACAGGGCGUUGUUCUUCCAGGAGAUGUGGAUCCGAAUCUGAAAUGGAUUUGCAGAGCAGACCCACGCCCAACGAAACCUCCCCGUAGAACAAGUUCGGGAGAAAUAUUGAUGCAAAGGUUGGUUUGGUCGCGGAAAUUUUUACCGAAUUUUCAAUUUAUCAAACCAAUUAAAUAAUUGCUCAGAGUCGAUGCAAAAUGCAAGGAAGCGAUGGACCUUCUAAUCGAAAAGUUUGAGAAGGGACUCAUCCCAGAAACUUAUGAGCGAAGUUGCAAUCCAAAAUUCCAACAUGGUAUCCAUCCGACCCCAACGCAAUCGCUGUGUGCAGUGUUACAUGGCGACUUGAGUUAUCCCACGCUCACGGGUACGGAUGAUGAGACUCGAAGGCAUCAUAAAACUACGCAGAAAUUGGUGGAAGAAAUCACAAAAUAUUUGGACGAUGCGGACGAAACGGAGGCUGAACAAAAGAGGAUUAGUCCGACCUACUGUCCCAACCUGGACCUAAAUAUCGAAGAUUAUUUGCAAGAACCGAAUGCAGAAUUUUUACUCAAAGGGACCGGUGCCAUAGACGAGCAAGGAUUUCUUCUUUGCACUUAUUCCGACUACUAUCAAGUUGAACAUGCCGUUAAAGCGUUACUUGUCGACUUUGCGAAGACAUGUAUUGUAGAGCGAAAGAAACAAAUGGAAGCUCCUCCGCCCCCCAAAAAAGUGAGUAUUGUUCCAAACGAAGGUUACGAAAAGCGGAUGGAUCAAAGAAAAAUAGCUGCGGGCAUUUUACGAGAGGAGUUGCAAGAAUGUUGUCCAUCUUUGAAGAACAUGACAAAGGUUUCGAUUCCACGCACAAAGACAAGGAUUUACCGUGACUCUGUCCCCAUCGAGGUACCGAGACGAGGUCACCACAGCAUGCUGAGGGAAAAAUAUGCGGAAGAAAUUGCAGGAAAAGUGUUGACUUGUAUCGAUCGGAGAAGUUUGUUUGACGAUGAUGAUGACGACAACGAGGAUGACGAGUUCCUUGAAAUUAUGCCUUUUGAAAAUCGCGACUCGUUCGAGACGGAUGGUAGCGGCGAAAUAGCAGAGCAUUUACAGAGUCUUCCCGAAAAGAAACGCCAUUCAAGGAUCCCCAUCCAUUUGGAAGCACCAAUUAAAGCAGAGUUUAAAAGUUGGACCUUAAAGCACAAGUCACAAAUUUGUUGUUUUGACGACUUGGACCAUACUGUGCCGAGAAAUUGGCGUGAAUGGGAAAACCUGAAGAAAUUGCAGGAGCUUACCGUGGAAGGAACCUCCAACCGGAAGGACAGAAGACUUUUCCUUCAAUUAAAGUAUUUCCGACAUUGGGUACAAAUGACGCGUAAGGCCAAAAAUAUCAAAAGUUAUUCUCCAAACGGAGACCAAGAAACGCGUGGAAUUUGGCAGGGUCCAUAUCCCUCUUGCGUCUUGGCGAAUAUUCGAGCACUGGACGACAUGACUGAAUUUAAACCAAAAUCAUCCAAAGCAUUUUACAAAGGAGUACGACUCCUGGAGGCAAACAUGUUUGAAAAGACUCGAGAAAUUAUUCAAAAUAUCGACCGUGACGACGAUGACGACGACCAAAAUGUCAACACGGGACAAAUCCAGUUUCCUGAACCAGUCGCAUAUCCAGAGGGUCAAGACGAAGGUGAAGAAGAACAAAGUGAAUCUGUAGCAGAAAAAGUGGAAAGGUCCCCAUCACCUAAAACAUCUCGUGAAUUUGAGAACAUUAUCGUGCUUCCCGUCAAACCCAAAGUAUCCUCGAUGACGACCAUUUCACACGAUAACUCCUCUUCAGCCAUUACUUUGUUCAGCAACACGAAGGAAUUUUACGCCGAGAGUCGCGAAGAGGAGGAUUUAUUGUUGGAAUAUAAGACUCCAAGUCAUGAAACGCUGUAUGAUGUAAUCAGCACGGCGUCAGAAGGGUAGUGAAUUGACAAAUAUAUUUGUACGUAUGUAAAUGAGUGCUAAUGGAGAAUUCAUGUCAAACCGCAAAAUUCCACGGACUUUGUGACCUUUAAAAGCACACGCUCUAAUUUGGCUUUUCAUGAGAAGCCAUGCUGUGAAUCCGUAACAAAUGGAAUUCUUAUUCUUUUGAUGCAACUUGACUGCUGAGCUUCUUGCACAAAUCAUUUCCUAGUUUAUAUUUGCUCAAGAUCAUCUUUUUAUAUGAAAAAUGGUCGAAUUCUUGAUAUACAAAUUAUGCAAAGUGCAUACUAUUUAUUUUUUUCUAUACGCUAUGCAUCCUUCUUUCAAGUAAAAUGUAAAGUAUGUAUAUCAACAAAAGGAAUAUUAUGCUAUAUGCAUAAUAAUUGAUGCAAUUUCCGGUUUAGCUUCUAAAAAUCAGUGUUUACAAUUUCUUAUCAAAGCAAAUAAUAGAUUCUGAUUUAACAAACAUGUAUAACACUAACUUAAUUUGUGUACUAGUUUGCAUUUACAAGUACCGUUUUUUGUAAUAGAAUGUGACAACUAUCAGUAAUUCGUGAUACUAGCAGCGAAAAUGGGACUUGAUUAAGACGAAUGUUUCUAUUUCUGUCGAUAAUAAUAGCAAUUUUCAAUCAACGUCUUUUCUUUCUUUGUUAACAUAACGUGUAUUUCGAUCCACUAAUAAAAGAGUCAAGUUCA